AUGCCAAGCAAGACUAAGCCAACCGAGAAAAAGAAGUCGUUCCACAAGAAAAAGGGGUGGAAGCGUCUCGCAGAGCGAGAACCGAAGGUGAAAGAGAAUCCAAAGACAGCGAUCUUUAUGAAAGGGCGGAAGACCACACAGUUACUUACGGAGGCUAUGGAUGACUUAGGGUUCUACAAGAAACCCUACCUCAAGAAAUUCAAUCAUAAGCAUGAGAUACAGCCGUUUGACGAUGAGACACCUAUUGAAGUGUAUAGCAAAGGACAAGAUGCGUCAUUAACGUUAUUUGGGAAUUCGACGAAAAAGCGACCGAAUUGUUUAACGUUUAUUCGCUGUUAUGAUCAUAGGGUUUUGGAUAUGAUAGAGUUAAAAAUAGAAGAGUAUACCCCAAUUCGUGAAUUUAAAGGGGAAAAGCCACCUACAUGUCCCCGUGUUCUUUUUAGUUUUGUUGGCUCUGCUUUUGAGACCGACGAACAAUUUAAAAUGUUUAAGAACAUUAUAGUUGAUUUCUACAAAAACGACCAACAUGACAAAUUUAACGUCGAAGAAAUAACUACAGUUAUGGCUUUCUCCGUCGUCGACGGAAAAAUAUUGAUGAGUGUGUACCACGUCACAGUCGAUAAUAAUUUGCCGGUGUAUAACGAAGUCGGGCCAAGAUUCGUUUUUGCUCCAGAACGAAAUUACUUUGCCGCAAACGAUUUGAGAGAAGAAGCCAUGCAAAUCCCUCCACAAUUGGCUAAACCAAAGAAAAAGAAAAAUGUCACUAAAGAUAUGUUCGGUCAAGUCAUCGGAAAGGUACACGCACAAACUGAAGACUUGAGCCAAUUGGCAAAGAAAAUCAGAUUACCCAAAGCUCUUAGACAAGAAAAGAAAGACAAAAAAGAAAAAAAACUCACAAGAAAAGAGUAA